AUGCAAAGGUAUUUUUCGUGUAUGUGGCUCAAUCACAGUUGCAUUGUAACAAUUAUAGGGAAAUGUCAUCGAAACGGGCACAACUGGUUAUCAGCCAUCUCAAGUUGUUUUCUUGAAAGUUUCAGAAAACGUAAACUGUAUUGUAAUUUUCCCCGAAAUUCAUGUAGUUUUACAAUUGAUGGGGAGGUAUCCUAUAUGCAAGAACGUUAUUCUCUGCUGAACAAGGAAUGCAAAGAACAUUUAACUGCAUUUGAUCAAGUCAAUCCACGGGAUAUAUUUGUGAAUAAUGAAGUAAAACUGGGAAAAGUUCAAGUUUACGGGUUUGACUAUGAUUACACAUUGGCUCAUUAUACCUCAGAAUUGGACAAAUUUAUUUUCAAUGAAUCUCGUAACUUCCUCGUUGAACAAAUGAAAUAUCCUGAGGAGAUUUUGGAUUUUGAAUACGCUGAAUUCGCUAGACGCGGUCUACAUUUCGACGUAAAAAGGGGGCUGCUGAUGAAAGUUGAUGCCUUUCACCAUAUUCAACUGGACACGGUUCAUCGUGGCUUUACACUUCUGUCGUUUGAUGAAAUAUUACAUGUUUAUCGUGGAAGUCAUUUGGCCAGUGAUAUUUUGAAGCAGAAAAUCACCCCCAGUGAUACUGUUAUGCUUCAGUUAAUGGAUUUUUUUCGAUUACCAGAAGUUAAUCUUCUUUGUUCCAUCAUAGCUUUUUUUGAUCGACGUGGAAUAAAUUACAAACCCAUUUAUGUGUAUCAAGAUGUCUCUGUGUCUGUUGCACGAUUACAUAAAUCUGGUCUUCUCGGUCAAACAGUCAUGUCUGAUCCAGAAAAAUAUAUUGUCAGGGAACCUCAGCUGCGUACAUUUCUUUGUCGCUUAGUGGAAAAUAAUAAGAAGUUAUUUGUGGUUUCAAACAGUUCAGCUGCUUACAUUGAUCGAGGUUUAAAAUUUCUGAUUGGAGAAGACUGGCAAGAAUUAUUUGAUGUAAUUAUUUCUAGGGCGAAUAAGCCAACAUUCUUCAAAUCACAGUUGGGCCAGUUUCGACGAACUGAUACCAGUGGUACUUUCAAACACUGGGAAGCAGUGCGAGCAUUUCAACGAGGUCAUAUGUAUGAAGGAGGUUGUCUAGAACAAAUGAUCAAGCUCACUGGAUGGUCUUCCACUAGCAUACUAUACUUUGGAGACCAUGUAUAUGCAGACCUUGCAGAUGUGGCGAGUACAUAUGGUUGGAUGACUGGAGCUGUUAUACCAGAACUUGAACAAGAACUGAUUGCUGCCAAUGAUUCAGACUUUAAAAUGAAGCUUAAACGGCUAAGAAUACUAGAGAAGUUGAUUCAAGAAAAUCAACAUGUUCAUUCAUCUAAAGCAAAGUUACUUCUUGAAGCAUGGUUGGAUGAAAGAAAUGCUCUAAGACGUGUAAGUAAAUUUGUAUUCAAUCCACAAUUUGGAAGUAUCUUUCGGUCGUUUCACAAUCCAUCAUAUUUUUCACAACGUCUUGGACAAUACGCUACAUUGUAUACGUCUAGAGUUACAAACCUGUUACAAUUCCCGUUAGAUCAUGCAUUUUUCCCUAAACGAACUGCUUUACCUCAUGAACCAUAUUAA